AAAAAUAAAAAAUUUGCUUCUUCCUUAUGUAUUAGAUUGGGUUUUGCUACCAGACAUCAUAUUGUUGAGCCUUGUGGUACUGGGGGUGGGCUCAUGCUUCUUUGGGAUGAUGAUGUGGCUGUUGUUAAUAUUUAUAGUCAGAGUUUCUUUAUUGCUGUCAACUUUAUUGAUAAAUCUAAAGAUUGUUCUUGCUGGGCUGUUUUUGUUUAUCUCAGUUCCUCUAAAGCUGAGAGAACCCUGCAAUGGGACUUUCUGGUGAAUGAAAAAACCAAAUGGGGGUCAACCUGGUGUAUAGCCGGAGAUUGGAAUGCAAUUUGCAGAGCUGCAGAUAAGAAAGGGGGCCAAAGUAAAUCAGACAGGAACUUCUGGGAUUUCAACCAAUUUCUAGCUCAGAUGGGUGUUCAAGAAAUUCCUCUCCAGGGAUUGCCUUAUACCUGGACCAAUAACAGAGCAGGGCUGCACUACAUAGAGGAAACUCUAGACCGACUGUUUGUCUCCCUGGAUUGGCUUGCUACAUUCCCUGAAACUAAGGUAACCAGCUGGUUCAGAAGUGCUUCUGAUCACACUAUGCUGGUCAUUUCCUUCUCUGAAGCACCUGGCAAAUUCAGGAAAAGAUUUCAGUUUGAUAAACGAUGGAUCAGAAAAGAAGAAGUUAAUGAUGUGGUUGAGCAAGCUUGGGACACUCCUGCAUGGGGUACUCCUAUGUACAUCAUCAAAGAAAAGAUAAAAAGAACCAGACAAGCACUCCUGAGCUGGAGUAAGUAUUUCAGAGCAGAGCAGGUCUCGAAAAUCAGCAAUCUAACUCUGCAGUUGGAGGAACUCAGGAAAGCUGGAGGUGACAGAGAUUGGGACACCUGGGAUAAAAUCAAAAAAGAGUUAAAUGAAGCAAAUGUUUCUGAAGAGAUAUACUGGAGGCAAAAAGCUAGAGCUCUUUGGUUCAAAGAAGGAGACCAAAACACCAAAUUCUUCCAUGCGUUUGUCUCUCAAAGAAGGAAGAUGAACUCUAUAGUCAGACUGGUGACUGAAAGGCAUACAAUCAGUAACAAUGCAGAGGAGAUUGAAGCAGCUAUCACAGAUUAUUACACCAAGCUCUUCACAUCCCAGGCUGAUGAUCUUCAGGCCACCAAAAUUUUGAACAUCCUCCAAGCAUACCAUACUUUCACAGGGCAACAAGUGAACAUGGCUAAAUCAUCAGUCUUCUUCAGCAAAAAUACACCAGCCAGCAUUAAAGAUAAGUGUUGCUCUAUUUUAUCUGGCAUCCAAAUUCACUCAUCUACUAGAUAUUUAGGUUUGCCAAUGGGCAUUGGGAGAUCAAAGAGAGAAGCUUUUGACUAUAUUCUCUCU